CUCUCCCUCUUUCCUUUUGCUUUUUACAGCUCUAGCUUGUACCUGAUCCGAGUCCAGUUCCCCUGCUUCACCCCCUAUUCCAUGGUGACGCCGCCGCCGCCGCUCCUCCGACUCCAUCCUCACCGCAUCCUCCCUCGCCUCCGCCGUUUUACCCCUGGCCGCCUCCUUCUCCGCCUCCACCCUAAAUCCCUCUACGCCACCGCCUCCACCUCACAAGCCGCCCCAACCGCGCCUCUCCAACCUCCUCCCCACGGCCCCUCGCUCCGCCGCGGCCGCCCAACGACAGGCCAACCUCCGGAAGCGCCCCUCUCCUUCUCGCGCACAUUCGACCUCGCGGCCCUCCGCGUUCCCGCCGCCGCCUGCGCGUCCCUCGAGCGCCGCCUCCGCGGACACUUGCUCAACUGGCCCCGGGUCCGCAACAUCGCCCGUCUCCCCAACGACGACGGCGAUGGCUUCCUAUCUCCCCCCAAGUCACCCAGAUCCUCCUCCGCCCUCCCGCCGACCGCGGUGGCGCGCCGCGAGAAGCUAGCCCGCGAGUUCAAUGCCCGCGGCUUCGUGGAGUUCCCCAUCCUCGCCAAGAUGUCACGGCCCGCCGGGCGGACGCGAAGGGAAACGAAGGGGAGAGAAACCGGCGGCAAGGAGACCAAGUACGAGAAAGACAAGGUCUAUGUCGUGGAGGUGCUGGAGCAGGGAGGGGAGGACGACGAAGACGAAUGGAAGGGGUUAGUCGGGGACGAGGGGUUCGGGAAGGGCGCGUGGCGAGGGGAGCCCACCCGGCUGCUGCUGCUGGAUGAGGGCCACGCCAAGAGAAGAGUUGACGAGCUCCCCGAGGCCGUCAAGGUUGUGUUAGAACACGAAGCCGAGCAUGGUGGACCUUUUGCCUAUGAGCUUGUACAAUGCCAGAUAACCCUGUUCUAUAAUUACUGGCCGAUGAAUGAGGUCUUGGAGGCAUUACUUCCUGAAGGGAUAAUCAUUCCUGCAGGCUUUGAGACAGUAGGACAUAUUGCCCACUUGAACUUGAGGGACGAGCACUUACCUUAUAAGACACUUAUAGCUCAGGUCGUUCUAGACAAAAACAAACCAAAGAUCCAAACUGUUGUCAAUAAGAUUGAUGCUAUUCAAAAUGAUUACAGAACUAUGCAACUUGAAAUCUUAGCUGGCCACGAUUCCCUUGUUACAACAGUUAUUGAGAGCGGCCUUCGUUUUCGAGUUGAUCUUGCAACAGUCUAUUGGAAUUCUAGAUUAUCAACAGAAAGGCAGAGGCUUGUCAACAGUAUCUUUCAAAAUUCUGAUGUUGUAUGUGAUGUGUUCUCUGGUGUUGGUCCAAUAGCAAUUUCAGCUGCGAAAAAAGUCAAAUAUGUUUAUGCAAAUGACCUAAACCCAGCUGCAGUCGAGUACCUUGAACGAAACAUUGUUCUUAACAAACUUGAGAGAAAAAUUGAGGUAUUUAACAUGGAUGCCAGAAGGUUUGUUAAUGCGAUGUUCUCAAGCCAACAUGUGCAUCCAGUCACACAAGUAGUAAUGAAUUUGCCCAAGGACGCUGCAGAAUUUUUAGAUGUCUUCAGGGGAAUCUUAAGAAACAGACAAACAGGACAUAUUGCCAUGCCAAAGAUACACGUGUAUGGGUUCUCCAAAGCCGAGGAUCCUGAAUACGAUUUUCACGAGGCACAUGUGCAUCCCUGGGAGCAGAAACUCAGGGAGCGUUCGGACUCGCUCCGUGACGCGACUCUGCGCUGGAGCGGAAUGACAUGCAGUGUUAAAUCACAGAGCUGCUAAAAGCCUGCUCCACGCGCUCCGCUCGGCGGAGAGCAUCCGAACAGCCCAUCGAUGUCCCAUCUGAAGUCUCUUAUUUCAGUCUUUAACCAACGUUUCUUUGUACAAUCUGAGCGCACCGAUGAAGACGGUUUCUUUCUACAAUCCGAGUGCACCGAUGAAGACGGUUCCUGCGAAUGAUUAGGCCUAGUCCCAGAGUAAUUUUUAAGAGUGUUCUCACACUUGAAAAAUGUUGAUGUAAUUUUACCAGCCAUCUUUAAAAUGGUAAUGUAAAAUAAAAACAAGUGUUUGCCUAUUUAUUAAAAAUAUUUGUGUGGUUUUAAAAA